CGAGCGCUAGGGCCCUGGAGGUCAGUAAGCCGGGCCGCGGGCUGCUCCGAGAAGUAGAACCGGGAUCCGGGACGCGCGAGACCAGGAGAACAAUCUUGGACCAUGGCUCAGCAACCACUUCGAGGAGUGACCAGCCUCCGUUUCAACCAAGACCAGAGCUGUUUUUGCUGUGCCAUGGAGACUGGCGUGCGUAUCUACAAUGUGGAGCCAUUGAUGGAGAAGGGGCAUCUGGACCACGAGCAGGUAGGCAGCAUGGGCCUGGUGGAGAUGCUACACCGCUCCAAUCUGCUGGCCCUGGUAGGCGGUGGUAGCAGUCCCAAGUUCUCAGAGAUUUCAGUGCUGAUCUGGGACGAUGCCCGAGAAGGCAAGGACUCCAAGGACAAGCUGGUGCUGGAGUUCACCUUCACCAAGCCAGUCCUGGCUGUGCGCAUGCGCCAUGACAAGAUCGUGAUCGUGCUGAGGAACCGCAUCUACGUGUACUCUUUCCCUGACAAUCCCCGGAAGCUCUUUGAGUUUGACACCCGGGACAACCCCAAGGGGCUCUGUGACCUCUGCCCCAGCCUGGAGAAACAACUAUUAGUGUUCCCGGGACACAAGUGCGGGAGUCUGCAGCUUGUGGACUUGGCGAGCACAAAACCUGGUACUUCAUCUGCUCCGUUUACCAUCAAUGCGCAUCAGAGUGAUAUAGCCUGUGUGUCCCUGAACCAGCCAGGCACUGUAGUGGCCUCGGCCUCCCAGAAGGGCACCCUUAUCCGUCUUUUUGACACACAGUCCAAAGAGAAACUGGUGGAACUGCGCCGAGGCACGGACCCUGCCACCCUUUACUGCAUCAACUUCAGCCAUGACUCCUCCUUCCUUUGCGCCUCCAGUGAUAAGGGCACCGUCCAUAUCUUUGCUCUCAAGGACACCCGCCUCAACCGCCGCUCAGCGCUGGCUCGCGUGGGCAAGGUGGGACCUAUGAUUGGGCAGUACGUGGACUCUCAAUGGAGCCUGGCAAGCUUCACGGUGCCCGCAGAGUCUGCCUGCAUCUGCGCCUUUGGACGCAAUACUUCCAAGAACGUCAACUCUGUCAUUGCCAUCUGUGUCGAUGGGACCUUCCACAAAUACGUCUUCACUCCGGAUGGAAACUGCAACAGGGAGGCUUUUGACGUGUACCUUGACAUCUGUGAUGAUGAUGACUUUUGAGGACCUUGGGGGGCUAUGUGAGGGACCUGUAGUAGCAGUUUGCAUAGCUGUGCCUUUGGGGAAGGAUUGAUGUAGAAGCCACAGCCAGCAAGCAUUAAUAGGGUGGUGGUCAGUUUCCUUCCAUUCAGUAGAGCUAGAUGUCUGUAAACAGUGAAGCACUCAUUCCUGACCACAUGCCUGCGGGGUCAGGCCAGAGAGACAGCCUACUCCUCAGGCUCUGAGCCUGGAGAAGACCUCCAGAGACCUGGAGGGAAUGCCCUAAUCCAAUCCGAUGAGAUGAAGGGAUCUCUGCUGUGAUGAAUGUAAAUAAAAACAAGACAAAACAAAAACACCAACAACCAAAAGA